GAAGGGUAUUAAUUUUGGGGUGAGACAUCAAUUCUUCAAGGAAGACAGCAAGUCAGAUGUAGUUGAUAACAAUAUGUGUGAAGUUUUUAAUGGUUUAAUUGUUGAUUCAAGGCACAAGUCUAUUUUCUCAAUGCUUGAAGAUCUUAGGAUGAUGUGUGGUAGGAGGACUAUUGCUAGAAGGACAUUUGCAGAAGAGAAGUUUGUUGGUGAUUUUGGUCCUAAAAUAUGGGAGAAGAUUGUUGUAAGUAGGGAAGGAAGCAAGAGAUGCAGGGUGCUAUGGCCUGGUGGUGCUGGUUAUGAGGUUGAAGAAGAAGACAAGGGUAAAUUUAUUGUUGAUAUAAAUAGGAGGACUUGUACUUGCAAGUGCUGGAACAUGACAGGCAUACCUUGUAAGCAUGUUGUAAGUGUCAUUAAAUUGAGGAAGGAAAAAGAUGAACACUAUGAAGCUGAAAACAAUGAAGCUUUUGAGGCCACUGAGAACUUGAAUGAUAACAACCCAGUGAGCCAAGUUGAUGAUCCUGCAAGUCAAGUGGUUAAUGAAGAAAGAAGACAUGCCCAGGAGCGAAGAACCAGAGAGAAGAGGAAAAGAGAAAAGAAAUCUGGUAGUCAAAGGCCUACCGUGGAACAAAAUAAGAGAGGUGAGGCUAAGCAAAAGAAAUUUGGUAGUCAAUUGCACACAAUGGCCAAAGCCAGACGGGGGAAAGGUGGACGGUCAGGUGCUAGGGAGUGAAGGUGUUGAUGGUUGUGUUUUUUUGUCCUUUGAAGUUGACUGGUGCAUUAGAAAUGAAGCUUUUUUUUUUGUUUUUUGUCAUUUAACCUAUCAUUACAUGUAAACUUAGGCAACUUCAUGCGAAUUCCUGCUUUGUAUAUGGUGUAUAUGCUGUUGUGCAUAUGAUGGCUUCAUGGGACAGGUUGUAUGUAUAUUGGUACACCUUUGAUAUCCAGACUGAUGUUAAUGGUGCAAAUAUUUUGGAUUUAACCUUUUGGAAUCAAGAAUUGUUCUUGAC